AUGCCCCGCCCGCCGCAGAGCUGGGCUCCUGCGUCCCGACGGUGCACGGCGGCCGGACCGGGCUGGCUGGCGGGCGGAGCCGGGCCCGCGGGGCUGCUGCGGGGCGAUCGGGCCGGGCUGCGGGCGGCGCAAUGCCUGGCUGGAGAGCAGAGUGCAGGGCCCCUCCAGGAGUGCACAGCCCGAUGGGGGAGGCCGGGGCCAACCAGAUGGCUGCCAGGGAAGCCAGGGUUAUACACUGAAGCAAGUUUCUUGGUUGGUGGUGGGGAGCAGGUGUGGGCACAGGACAAGGACGCCCUCCUGGGCCCAGUCUGGGUCCUGCCCCUGACGCUGAGCUCGGUGCGGGAAGGGGUCGGUCUGCCCCAGUCUCGCCUGCCCUCCCCCACGCUGCCCCGAGUGCAUCCGCGUUCCAGGACUGGGCUGCUGAGGGCUCUUCCCUGGCUGGUCACAGUUCCCUUGUGGACAGAGGCUGUCAUCGGCUGCACCCUCUCCCAGGUGUUCCAGAAGACUUGGCUGAGUUACCUAUGUCGCCUGUUGGAGCGAGAGGCCGAGGUCACGUCCCUGCUUUUGAGUCUCGCAUGUCUGGCCAUCACGGAGCACUGGCUCCUCUUGGUCCCUGGGCAGUUUCUGAACACCUCGGCAGGCUGGGCUUUCAGGACAAUCCCCUCGAACAGACCCUCUUCCAGCUUCCAGCGGGGCUGCGGUGGGCCUGGGGGUCAUGGGCCCCCUUUCCUGCAUCUCUGGCUCCCUGGCUGGGCGAAGGUGACUUCCUCUUUGGUGGCAGGUGCACCGACGUUGUCAGGGGUAGAGGUGGAAGUGGGCUGUUGGGAGCCAAGAGAACGCGCAUGACGUCCUGAGCUAGGAACGGUGAAAGCCGACCGGCGUGUUUUUCGCUAGGACGAGGGCAGGAUGGUCAGACUUAAUUAAGACCUGAUUAACAAGGUCCCCCAGUCCCGGACCCCCGAGCUUGGGAGCUGUCAGGGCCCCGUGGAUCCCCCAGUGGAACCUCACCCUGCUUUGUU